AUUUUUUUACUUGUUUGAAAUAUAUAGCAUAAGAAACAAUAUACCCUCCAACCAUUCCUUCACCACUUUAAUAAGCAAAUAAUGAGUGACAGCAAUAUGGACAAUGCGUCUUCUACUAUAACGACUGCAGCUAUGGCUUCAACUUUGCUUUGUACAAAUAUACCAUAUACCAAAAUAGAUGCUACCGUCGCUCCUACCACUACUAGCUUCAUAACUUCACCAUUAACGCCAGUACCGGAGCAAAUACAGCAACAACAUCACUUCUCUUCUACUUUUAUCACUACGAAUAUGACCCACUCUCCGCUUUCUAUUGACCAGCAAACUGUGCUGGCGUGGCUACAAAAAGAGUUAGCCGUAUAUAUUGAAGUACAACUGUUGACAUUACAAGAUCUUCUUUGCUCUGUCACUUCCUUCCACAUUGGCAAGAGUACUAAUGAACAACAUUCUAAAAUUGCUGCAACUCUUCCGCCAACAAAUACUACAGAAAAUACAUCGACAUCGCUUAUACUAUAUUUACUAGCACAUCAUUAUUUUCCUGACUACAUUUCCCUCUUUUCUCCUUCUCCAAUGGCUUACGAUAGGAUGAUCAACGUUGAUCAAAAGGUAUUGGAUCAAGUUAUUUCGCUUUUUCAGGACCAGUUUCAAAUUACCAUUGCAAUCUCCGAUUUCCAUGGCCAUCACCUCACUUUUAUCAGCUACAUAUUAAGCAUCAAAAAAUCAGUUGAGCAGCAGCUUUUGUCUCAUAACACAGAGUCGCCUAGUCUUAGUGGCGACUUGCUUGACCAAAUACGCAACCAAGAGGCAAAUCUGAAAAAACUUUGGGCUACUUGUCAGCAGCCGGAGGAGGAUGGCAUAGAUACCAAAGUCCUUUUCGAAGUCUUCCAGAAAGAAAAGGAAACAUACCACGCCAUAUUACAGCAAGCAAUGUAUGACCGAAUCACAUUCGCUACUCAUAUUGCCACCAUUGACACCUAUUUUCAUAUUCUGAGUCAGGAAAAAUGUCGCUCUCAAAAUCGUUCUCAAAAGAAUGUUGAAACAGAUCAAUAUCUGGUGGAAGACCCUACACUUAUUGGCGAUGCUGAUAUCGCCUAUCUACUUAACGAACUUGAAUUUAUUAAAACCAAAAUGGUCAAAGGCACUGUUACCACUAAAGAAAGUAUAGAGGAAUUGAAGCAGAAUUCCAACAGAAUCAAUCAAACCAUGGAGCAACUCAAGAAGGAUUAUGCUGACUACUCUUCUCAUAAUACUCAGCAAGAAAAUCGUCAACAAUAUGCCUUACUUGUUCAGAAGCACCAAUUAGUGAAUGGUUGGGUAGAAGAGGUUCUUGUAUGGUUUGUUGAAGCAGAACGUAUCAGUCAUUGGAUCGAAGAGCGUAUUCAGUCUGUAGAAGCAAGAAUGAAGGAACAGAAUUCUAUCCAUCUUAUCCAUCAUGGCGCUCUCGAAAAUGUCGACUUCAAUCAUACAGAAACUCAAAUACAGGCUUGGAAUGAACAGCACUACCAGUUGGCUGCGGAAGUAGAACGGUUUGAUAAAGAAGAUAUGACGAGAUUAAGGGCGCAUGUGAAGCAGCUCACGCAUAUAGAGCAGCAGCAAUCGCAGAACCAAAAGGAUUUGAGUCCGGCAGAUACUACCACAAUUGAAAUUACACUGACUACCCUAACGACACUAGAUCGAUUAAUGUAUUUGCUACGACGACAAGAAUACGAACUACAAUUAUUUACAUUACGUCAGGCUUGGGAGCAAAUAUAUCCUGCAUCAAUGGAAUGGGUGCAGCAAACAUUGGCUGUUGUACUUGAAUUUAUUCGAACUGAUGUCGUCUUUAAAGUAGAAAAAGUAAAUGAUGCGAAAUACAGCAGUAGGAAAGAACUCGCCAUACAAACAUUAAUAAAACUAGAACAAGAUACGAGUACAUUUGACACAACUAUAUUUUCAACGGUAGUUGAAAAAUAUCAGGCUUUAGACGAUGCUUGUCCUAUCGAAUUGCCUAGUCAUUUGGAAAAAAGACAAGUGGAAUUAGAAGAAGCUUUUGAAAGGGUCUUGAUGCUCAUCGGUUUUGCACGUCAAUUAGUAGAGCAACAUCUAGCCGUUGCCGACUUUCUCAACCGUGUCUUCCACUUAAAGAAUGAAGGUGCUGUUCUACAAAACGAAAUUCGAACGUAUACAGAAGUCGCCGGUAGCGAUAUGAAGGAAAGUCAAUAUAACAUGCUGCUCAAUAAAAACAAGGAUGUUUUAGAUCAUUUUAUUAUGCAAGUCAACUUUUAUCAAGAACAAGUGAUACGAAUAAUCACUUCUGGAACAUCAUGCAUUACUUUUCCUGAAGCUGCAGUAGCUCUUGAUCCGCCAUUCACCAGCGAGGAACAGAAAAAUGCCAAUGAAGCCAUACGGAACAUUGUUGACAAAGAAAAAUCAUCUUUACUGGAGAUGAGUAAUUCUCUUCAGAACCAUUUAAGUGAACUCAAAAUCCAACAACUGCAACUGCAAAAGAAAGUUCAAAAAUGGCACACCGAAGUAACGCGACUUUGUAAAUGGGGAGAAGAACGCUUGAAAUUACUAGACAAGUUCGAUAAGGACAUCAUGACAAAAACGAUUGAUUCUCAAUCAGAUUUGAAAGGAGUUUUAGAUGAAGAGGAUUUAAUACAUUACAAAAAAGAAAUUGAAGAGCAACUGACGAAAUUGACUCAAAUAAGACAGAAUGAUUACACACGUUUGAAAGAGCAAAUGGGCGCCUUGGCUAUCCACUCAGACGAGCUAGUUCCUUUAGAUGAAUUACUAAAAAUGGUAGAGCAAUCUCUACAAUCACUUGAGCAGAAACUAGACUUGCUCAAUUGUUGGAUGCAAUGGGAGACGCGGUAUACUGACGUGAACAAAUGGCUCUCAAGCAUCACUUUGGAAAUUUGGCAAUUCACAAUUCAAGAAGCGCAGUGGCAGCCUAAUAGUACCGGAGAUAUUCAAGCGAUUCAGCAUGAACUUGAACAGUUUGAGACAAAAGUGAACAGCUUCCAUAAUAAAGAGUAUCAAGAUUUUCAUGAACGCUUUACAGUUUUAGAGCAAAUGUUCGUUACAAAGAAGCAGACUGCUUAUACACAUAUUCAAAACCGUCAAUCUAUUGUUGAUCAGAAUUUGCGAAACUUGCAUGGCCUUAUACUGUAUACGCAGCAAGUAAUUGACCAGCAUAAGGGUUUAUCAGUUUUUAUGAAGAACGUGAAUGAACUCGACAAGGCAGGGUAUCAACUUAACAAUGAAAUGCUGCAGUUCUGUCAAAAUGCAAUGGCCGAAGACUCAAAACUGCUCCCUCGCUUCAAAAGCAAAAUUGCUCAAUUUUCGAAUAAUGUAACCCAACUAUGGUCUGAGCAACAGGAAAAUUGUCAUCCUUCAUAUAUAGUUUAUCCAAUCUGUCCAAAAGAUACUUGGGAAACACGCCCUUCUACCGCAGUCGACAACAUGUCGGCAGACGUUAGGACAGCUACAAGAUCUUCGUAUGAAAAAUUGCAGUUAUUGUUGAAGCGUCUCAAUGCAACACUACAACAGCUGACAUUAUCCAUACAAUAUCGUGUCGGCCUAAUGAAGUGUAUAACAGAAGCUGAACGUAUAGUUUUCGUAUUCCAGCAAUGGUCAACUGAAAUCAACACUUAUAAAUUUGAUGUGGAAGAGCAAUCAAUUACAUAUCUCCCAACUGAACACAAUGGUAGUGGAGAGUUAGUUUCACUCGAAGUAGACGAAUGUUCUAUCAUAAUGGAUACUGUUUGGAAUCAACAGUAUCUAAAGGAAGGUUUGGUUAUGUUAGAUCACAAGAAAGAAGCUUUACAAGUGGUGGAAGUGUUGCAUCAUCCUAUUCUGAAAUUUGAAGAAAAUAAUAUUGACCAGACCCUACAGGAACGAUUUGAAACAGCAUGGCGCAACGCUCAUCAAGCAUAUAAUGAAUUGGAAAUUUGCAUUGGACAGAAAACCAAGGACUUUCAACAUUAUUGUCAUCAGAAACGGUAUAAGCAACAAAGAGAUCUAUUGAUUAACCUGCUCGGGCAGGCCGAAGAACAGCGACCUGCAAUUCCUGAUACAAUGUUAUUAAUUCAACCCAAACAACUCGGAAAAGAGCAGGAAGAGUUUGACAAAUUUUAUCGUCAACUCACCGAAAUUGAUGUGCUACUUAAUAGAAAUACCUUUGAUGCCUUUACAGAAGCGUAUCAGCAGCUUUUUUCUCAUCUAAAUGGGAAAGAAGUACAUAACACAGACAAUAGUAAGAGAAUUCAUGAUACAGCUGAAAAAUCGGAAGUAGAAUAUAGGCGCCUUAAAAGCAGGUGGGAAUACAUAACUGAUGCUUUGACCAGUGAUAUUCAAUUUAUUAUCAGCUUCAAACAAUGGUUCGAACUAUAUGACGGGUUGUAUAAUUUGGAGCGUAAUGUUGGAGAGUUCAUUCAACGUUACAGCACAGAGAAUAACAGCAGAGAUGACGAUACAGAUAGUGCAUUAUUGACGGAUUUCAGAAGGCGCAUAACAGUAAUUUCAGCCUCUUUAGAACAAGUCAUAGCCGAUGACACUUUGAAAGAAAAGAAUGCGAUAGAAAGCAACAAAUCUAACUUUGACAAAGAAUAUACCAAGGUGCAAUUGUUAAUAGGCCAAGCGGAUAAUUUAUUGAAGGAAAAACGAGAGCAAAUCAAGCUAGAAAAUGACCGCUUAGCCUGUCAAACUGUUGUGAAAGGCAUCCUUAACCAAAUGGAAGCAGCCAUUAGCAAUGUUAAAAAUAGUCAACAACAGCAUUAUAAUGUUUUGAAUAACUCUUUCAUAGCCAACAACGAACUCGAAGAUCAAAAUGUGCUUAUUACAUCGUUAGAUCAAGCAUACAGACAUGCUGUAAAAGAACAUAAAGAGCAUACAAUUUUGCAGCAAGAAUUACAUGCCCAAUCUGCUCCAUCUUUAGUAUUUAAGCGUAUUGAGAAUGCUCCGUCACAAGCUACGGCUCUCGCAGAAAUGCAGAAGCAAUUGGAAGAUGGUCUACAGAAUUUAGACAGAACCAUGUCAAAUAAUGCGGCAUUCAAUCAAUGGUUACGUCAAGUAAUCAGCCAUGAGAAGAGUGUCAAGGAUAUUUCAACUUGGACAGAAAACUGUCGCAAUGUAUUGGAUACUAUAGGAACCGGUGAACAGCAGGAUGAGGAUAGCUAUAAAUUAGAUACUGUCGCUUGUAAAAUGGAUAAAUUUAUGCCUGUGAUUCAAUCUUUGGAGGAGCUCGCAGAAAGUAUUUCAUCUUUAACACCCAUAGCAGGCAAUGAUUGUCAACAGAAUAUACAGAAAAAGAUCACCAAAUACAUGGUUAGAGCUAAAACUGAUCAAAUCAUUAAACAAUGGCAGCUAAUUCAACAUGACUUUGAUAAUCUCAAAAAGAAGGUACUUUUCAGCAAAAAGAUGGCCUUACUUCAGCAAUUGUACAAUGAAGCAAACACUUUCAUUGUAAAUAUUCCAUUACCUACUCUACAAGAAACCUUAAACAUGCUACAACAGAAGGAGCAAGUACAUGACGAUGAAAAGUUUAUUCAAAAAGCGAACAAAAAUAUCCUUGUUAUGGCAAAUAUGCCUCGUCAACCAGAAGUAGAGGACAUCAAACGUCAGUUGAAAAUAGUAGGCACCAAACUUAGCUCAGAAGCCGAGCAGUUAAGCAAACAAUUGGAUAAAUUAACAACAACUGCUAGUCAAAAGAAGUUGAUUGGGUAUCACUCGUUGACGCAAGAAAUACGUUGCUUGAAUGAUGCUAUCCAGACCAACGACAUUCUCAUUGAUAACUACCUCAUUAUUUGUCCUUUUUUGACAUUGGCUGAUGAACUUGUUCUGUUAUUAACCGCGCUAGAAGAGGUCAUCGAUCAAGCCGAUACCACUCCUACAGGAAACAGAGCUGAACUACAAGCGAAACUGAUCGAACUUGAUGCUCGCUACAAAUAUUAUGAGCGUAAGAUACUUCAGCAAUUCAACCACACUCGUCGUCAGUAUCGCACAAGCAGCAGUAAUACAGUUAAUCACAAUGCGAACGAUCUCACACACCAGCUUAUAGAGGUUUUCCUUAAUGAGCUAGAGCAAAAAUGGACACAUUUGAAAAAGCAAUACAAGAAGAAAAAGAUAGAGCUCGGUCGCAUCAUCGAUUUAACUACAUCCACGAUGAGUAAUGUCACAGCUGCACGGACGCGCAAAACUUCUAUGCCAACAACUCGAAUGCAUCAUAUAACCUCUCCAACAUUGAGCACAUCCUCGUCUUCAUCUUCCUUACACACUACCGCUACUAACAGCAGCACACAUCGUCGUAAUUUAUUAAAACCGCCACAAACAUCUUUUUCAAAAUCCAUAAGCGGUAGCUUAUCAAACUCUCAACACCAUCACAAUACAUCUAAAUCAGCCACACAUACUCGUAAAAGGAUUACAUCAGCUACGAGUCUCUCACCUCCUACAGCAGCAGCUACUUCAAUAUCAGCCGCUUCACUCAAUACUCGCCAGCGUAAAAAGUCAUUCACACCACCGUUACCCUCACCUGCUCCUAAACGGAUUAACUCUUACAUAGCCGAUCCUGAUAAUGAUUUGGAUAUGGAGAUUGGGCGCAUUAUUAAUGAUACACCUUAUCGCGUUAACGUUAAAAUGGUUCCCGGAGAAGUAGGUCGAUAUUGGUUUGGUAAUGAAAACCCCAAACUCUGCUAUUGUCGUGUUCUGAAGAGUAAAAUGGUUAUGGUAAGAGUGGGCGGCGGGUGGACAGAGCUAUCACAAUUCUUACGAGAUCAUGCAUAUUUGGAAGGUGACUUUCAACCCAUACAAUACAACAAUCCGAACAGGAAGCAGCAGUAUCAAUUACAUCCUCAUCCUUCCUCAUCUACUUCAUCAUCAUACGGUGAGAGCCAAGUGAAGCAUCAUCAACACGACAUUUAUAACCAUCAGCAUGAGAACAACAACAAUUCCUAUUAUGAGCAAGUGUUUCAAGAAGGUUUUAUUGAAACAACCCGCCGUCAACAUCGAAAUAGUCUAUCGCAACAAUCCCAACAAAGCGAUGACCCUACAGAUAGUAUUAGCCGAUUUUUAAAUGAGAAUACUAAUAAAAGGAUGCAAUUAACUGCUAAACGCUCCUUUUAUAACAAUAAGACGCUGCAACAAGGUUAUAAAGAAGGUGAUAAAUUUAUCACAAUGGAUUCUUUUGGCAAUCAACAUGAAGUGCAAAUGAGAAGAGCUCUAUCACCCAACCAGCAUUUUAUGAAAAAGAGUUAUAGUAGCACUACUACCAAUACUACAGCUGCUCCAGCAUCUUCAAAUUAUAUAAACGGCAGUGAUUGGUUGGACAAUAACUUCUUAUCAGUCCAACCCUUAGCUUAACAGAAUAAUGCAGUCUCCGCUAAAGACAGUAAUAAAUAUACAUAUUAAUUGCUUCAGAUGUUUCUGUUUGAUACAGAGAUUGAUGGCAAUUCUUUCGAAAAAAAAAAAAAAGUAUACGUGCAAUAAAAAAG